AUUAUAUUUAUUAUAUCGAUAUAUAUAUUUUUUUUUAAUAAAAUAAGAGCUAUAAUAACAAGGCUACAAUGCUUUGUUAAAUUAUGUAUCUUUUAAAUAAGCAUUUUUGGUAAUAGUAACUUUCACUUGGAAAGUUGACAUUUAAUUGAGAACUGCUUAUUGACAUAAAUAAUAACUAUAAAAUAUUAGUUUUAUAAUUAAAAUAAAUUUCAAUUUUGCAGAUGAAAUCUUUAUAACUUUUCAAAGAACUAUUAUACAAUCGCAUUGUUUACAAAUUACUGUCGCUUUUUCCUCUUCAAUUUGCGAGCUUAAAGACGCACGUGGCGUUUUACUGCUUCUUAAUGGAAAUUUACAGGCAACAUAAGAUCCCACUCGGAAAUUGCAUACAGUAGCCGUUUAAUAACAUUUGACAAGAAUCAUUCCAGUAAAUGAACGUGAAAUGACAUUGCAUUUGACGUAGGAGUCGGUACUCUGCGUCAACAUAUCGGGUUUAUAUCCACAAAUUGGACAAACAACCAACCCUUUCAGGCGACAGGAUGCGAUAGCUCAUUCGUAUCCGAUGAUAUGACACGAGGAUAAUUAAUUGCCCCAGCUAUCGUGAAUAUACUAUGAAUAUACUAUCGUGAAUAUACUAAUAUACUGCAUUUUUUUAAACAGCGCGUAAAAUUACCCGUUGAUGUUUCACGUGAAAAUGUAAAAAACUCGACGUCUUGUUUCAUUAGAUUUUUGAAAUUAUUUAUAGCAGUUUGCAAUACAUUCUCAUUACGGUUUUCAAAAAUACGUGCGCGGAUAUACGUCAAUGCGUGAUUCACGCAUCUCACUCUCUUCAUUAUGCGACGCGUUACAUUAAUUUCUAUUUUGCAACAUUUGAAAAAAACGACGAGAUGUGUAAUUAUACUGCAUAUAAUGCUUAAACUAACUAAUGUACUUCCAUAUAUUACGAUCCACGAUUACAUGCUUCACUUGGUUUUGUUUGAUUCUAAUGCGACUUGUGCGUGUUCUCUACAAGCUCUCAGUUUAAUCAACUUCGAGCUGUGUUGCAAAUUAAUGUUUAACAAUCGUUAAUAAUCUCGUGCAAAUUCGAUAAUGAAAAUUUAUGUUUGUUUUGUAUAAUUUAGAUUAGGAGAGACUUUAACUUUAAAUACGUUAAAUAUUACGAGAUAAUUCUAAUUGCAUCAGGAUUACCUCGAUGUUAUGGGUGGUUCGCUGAACGAGGAAGCCUCGGCAUGAUGUUAAAGACGAAGCGAAUAUUUAGUGCGGGCUCUAAAAGGAGCAGCGCGACCCGCCAAAAAAUCUUGCCAUUCCUAACACAAAAGAAUAAAGCAAAUGGAACGAAGACACAAAUUUCAAACUCGUAUCCUCCGGAACAAUCUUCGCCGAAAGAACGUCCGUUUCUUCAUAGCAGUUUUCUCAACGAACAAACUCUACCUGCGAACAAUAAUGAUCCAGAGAGCUUCCACUGUGCGAUAGGGCCGAUUUUAGCAAUUGCUCAAUUGUUUGGAGUUUUACCAGUCUCAGGAAUACGCAGACCGAGUCCGUUGCAGUUAAAGUUCGCAAAAAUUUCACUUCGUACUCUUUACGCCUUUUUGAUAACCGCAAUGGUGUUAUUUAUUGCGAUAUUGUCGGUUAUGCACAUGAUAAGAACACUGAACUCCUCAACUUUCGAAGUGCAAGGGGGAAUAGCGGCUGCUACAUCAGGCGCGAUAUUUUACGGGAACAGCGUGAUGGGCUUGAUAAUUUUUUUCUGGCUAUCACCGCGUUGGAUAAACCUCCAACGUGAUUGGAGGUCUAUGGAGCACUUCAUAGACAGCAAUAAAAUGGACCGACCAAAGCUCCGUUGGAAAUUCUACGCGAUAGCCGCUUCCAUUCUGUUUCUGGCUCUCAUCGAACAUAUCUUGAGUAUAGUGGUGAACACCGAAAAGUAUGAUUGGAGUGGUAGCUCAAAGAAUUCGACAUUUAAAAAUUUAACAUUUAAAAAUUUUUUACAAGUAUAUUGCACGUUUUCUCACGCAUUUAUUUUGGAAUCAUUGAGCUAUAACUUUGCGCUUGGUAUUUUCAUUUUCAUCGUCAGCAAACUGGCGACUUUCACGUGGAACUUCACUGAUGUUUUUAUCAUGCUGGUGGCUACUGGCUUAGCCGAAAGAUAUAAAAUAUUAAACAAACAAGUAAUAAGUUUUACAUCGAAACAUCGAACAACAAUAGAUUGGUGUGGAUUGCGUGAAGAUUACGCCGCUCUUAGUUGCAUGGUAAAAAAAGUGGAUAAGGAUAUCUCACCUAUAAUUCUUCUGUCAUUUGCAAACAAUCUUUAUUUCAUUUGUUUACAACUACUGAACGGUCUCUCAAAGCAGGAAAACAACCUAAUGAGCGAUAUUUAUUUUUUCGGAUCUUUCGCAUUCUUAAUUGGCAGGACGGUGACUGUCACUCUAUUGACUGCUAGAAUCCACGACCAAAGCAAAGUAGUAUUGCCACUUUUGUAUACUUGUUCAGCGUCCACUUAUAAUGUGGAGACGGGAAGAUUAAUAUAUCUGCUCACCACUGAUGACAUCGCGCUUACAGGCAUGCGUUUCUUCUCGAUUACGCGGAAUUUUAUGUUAGCGGUCGCUGGUGCAAUUGUAACGUACGAAGUCGUGCUGUUGCAAUUUAACGUCACGAUGAACAAGUGAAUAUACAAGCUGCAGCGUAACACGCCGAAAUAAAAUAUUGUAAAUUAAAAUGUAAGAUAGUACAACUAUUUAUUAAGUUUAAAAAAUUAAUGCACACAUCAUCUUAUCAUAACUCUUAUUGAUUAUUUAAAUAUAUUGGUUAAAAUGUAGCAUCAAAAGUUCAAUCAAUCAAAAGUUUGCUAAAAGAAUGUUUUUUAAAAUUUAUAUUAUAUUUCUGCAAUU